UCAACAUAAUGUUUUGAAAUUCUCUAAGGAGUGUACACACGAGUUAGUGAAUAGAGUUCCGCAUAGUGUUCGAUACUGCAGUGCAAGUGAUUGAACUGUAACGUUCGCCAGUGAUCAAUAACAUUUUUUUCUCCGAACAAAAAACUUUUAAGUGCAUUCAGGAUGAACUCUUUCGUGCUCGCUCUUGCGCUCUGCGUAUGCGCCGCCACCGGUUCACCUAUCGAAGACGGCAAAUGGAAUCCCUAUAACUACGGAGACACGGGCAAGUACAUUCCAACAGAUGAAGGCAAAUACAUCCACGUUCCCAACCCUUACCUACACAUAGACAACCCCUACGACGGCGGUUUCGGUCCUUACGCCCACGACUACGAGCCAUACGUGGAGGCAGCGUCUCAAGAUGUGUAUAGACACGUUCUAUCAGCACCACAAGAAUACAACCCAUACUACAAGGACGGGUAUUACAAGAACAAUGGCAUCAAGAUUCUUAAACAGAAGCAUCACUACGACGAAGACAAAUACGACUUUGUUUUUGAAACCGAAAACAAAAUUCGUGCGAAGGAGAACGCAGUAUUGAAGAACGCCAAUACUCUAGAUGAGGGCAUCGCGUCAAAGGGCUUUUACGAAUACAUCGGACCUGACGGAUUCAUGUACAGAGUUGACUACACCGCUGAUGAGAACGGUUUCCGCCCCAAACUGAGGAGGUUGGAGACCCCUUACUCCGGAAAAUGGGUGCUAGAAAAGGUCAACUAAAAAAAUUGCUCACGGUGCCAAAAAACGAGAUAUUUCCUAACAGUUUCCUCAUACAAAUCAGUAUUUUGAUUAAGUAGAUACCUAACGCAAUUUUCAUGCAUUGACUUAUUCAUUGCACGAGUCACGACAGAAAAUAUGUCACGACUAUCAGCCAGUUUAUUCAUGUAAAGCUAAAGUAACAGUAAAAAUAGUAAGUAGUAAAGAAGACUUUAUUUUUCAGUGAAUAAGAUCGUCACUUUUGAUUUAUGACGUUACUUUGACUUGCGAUGAAAAAACUGGCCGUUAGACAUUUCAAUAUGGAUUUGCCUGAAUUAUUUGUGAAAACAGUUUUUCAUUAACAUUUUCGAACGAAUAGACGUUUAUCGACGACUAAAUACUCCAAAGUUGUACAAAGAAAUUUGUAAUUCGGACAUGAAUGUUCCUGACAAGGGACGAUUUGUGUCUGCUUAGAAUAUUUUAAUUUAUACCAUAGUUUUAAGUACUUAGUAAAUUCGAAUUUAGAUACUUAUUUAUGAAUUGUGAUAAUAAAUUUAUAUUUCAUAAAACAA